AUGCUGAUAAUUGUCCGCAACAAAAAGAUGAAGGAACUCUAUCAUCGCAUCGUGUUUGGUCUCUCCACGAUGGACCUCAUCAUGACGAUUGCUACCAUCACCAUGCCCUAUACCAUUCGCUCGGAUAUCGGACUCUUGUUUGCCGUUGGAAAUGUCCGGACGUGUGAAGCCGCGGGCUUUUUGUGGCAGACUUGGUUGGGAUCCACAAUCUACAAUUCCGUCCUCAGUGUCUACUUUCUAUUCACCGUACAGUACGGAUGGCGGGAACAACAAAUGUCCAAGAAAAUGGAACCCUGGUGCCAUAUACUGGCCAUUGUCAUUCCGUUAAUCUUUGCCAUUGCCGGGCUCGCCAUUCAGGGCUUUAAUCCGGUGCCCUACACUUUUGCCGAAGCCCUGGGGCUCAUCCACUUGGGUGUCCUGGGCAUUGCCGCCAUUAUUGGCAUUGGGUCCACCUUUCGAGUCUACUGGUCGGUGCGACAGCAAACUCUGCGGAAUCAAUUGUACGCGGCGUCGGGGGCACCCUCCGAAUCGCAACUGAACCGAAUCAAGGCCGUGCGAAACCAGGCACUCUGCUACACGGCGGCAUUUCUGGUCAGCCUGUCCAGUGCCUUUUUUGCACUCUACGACGACCCCACCGUGGUUUGGCCGUUGGUGAUAUUGUAUAUUUUGUUUCCUUUACAGGGAUUCUGGAACUGGAUGAUCUACACAAGACCCCGGUUGGUCCGGUGGAAGGAUGCCCAUCCCGACAAUUCGUGGUUUUGGGCGUACCGACAAGUUUUGAGUGGGAAACCGGCUCCAACCACACGACGAACAAGGCAUUUACGGGGCACCAACAAACCCCGAAACUCCACCCAAGCAUCAUCCGUCCCAUUGUCGAUGGCCCAGUCCGAACGUGUCGAGAGCACGCAUACGACGCCACAAGGUGGGCAAGUAGUAGCAGUAUCCGAACGGGAGCCCGUACCGGGAGAUGAAGGUUCUAGCCAUAGUGGUCCACAAGACGGAACAGCAGUGGCUCCACGAGCACACGAGAGCAAAACAGCAAGCAGUGAUCCAUUCGAGUCGCCACCAGGAGAUGAGAGCGAAUCUACAUGUAGUUUUGCACAGGAUCUACCGGACCGAGAAGAGUCACCAGAGACAACAGAAAAGGGAGACCGCUUGUCAUGGCCUUUGCUGAACACGGUCCGAAAUCAGGUAGCAAAAAUACGAGAAGGUCUCAGUGAGGAAGAAGUGAGAUGUACAACGCCACUAAUGGCGGAAAAGUCCGAUGAUGAAGACGAAACUAGCAGGAAUCCGCUCGAUCCACUAGAUCCGCAAGAUUCCCCGCCCAAACGAGAACACAAGUCAUGGCCCUCAGCACCCCGGGAGGAACAAUGGCCAGUGGGAACUUCCAUGUACUUGUUCCGAGAGUCGCAAACAAAUAUAGGCGCACCCCCACGCCGAGAAGACUUGUUUCAUACUUCACUGAUAUCCUGUCCACCCGCGGAUGAUGACGAGAGUAGUUGCCCACUGGAUCUAACAGAUCGAGGAGGAGACGAUAUCGAUUUCUCACCCCGACUAGGACACAAGUCAUGGCACGCUGCAAGUGGGGAUGGACAGCGUGAAUGGCCUGCAGCAACUGCAUUUUCAUCAAGUAGCAACCACGAGACUCAGCGAAUCGCACCAACACAAGACAACAAGUACUCAGGAAUCGCAUCAAGCCCAGUGCAAGAGCGCCUUUCAUAG